AUGGCGAAAAAACGGUGUUCUUGGCUUCUUGCACACUGCACCUUCUCCUUUCCUGGAAAGUCGUCUCAGGUUAAGAUUGUCAGUGAAACGGAUUCACCAUCAAAUUCUUUCUUCGCUUUAUUUAUUUCUUCAAGCUUAUGGUGUUGGAGCCCAGUUUAUGUCGAGGAAGAAAAUCACCUCUCUUAUGAUGACUUCGAUCCCUUGAAGGAGUGGCUUGCCCACCCAGACCAUGUGCAAUUGCAGAAUUCUAGUGACUUGAGCAACACCAGUCUUGACCCCCAUGAGCUUCACUAUAGUGAAGUUAAAAUAGAGCAAAAAGAUCAGAUAUUGGAAUCUUCAAUUGAUGUAAAGAUGGGGAAGAUCAACCUGGUUGAAAUUUCAGAUAGAGGGCAAGUGGAAGUGGGAUUCGAGGAGAAUAGAGGUGGAAGUGAUGGAGACAUGAAGUGCAUGAAGCCUGGGUUGGAAGAUUUGAAAAAUGAUAUACCGAACAAAGAAGGAAUUUUUGGGGGAGAGAGUGAUGAGGAAGGGAGCACUUCUGUAGAAGCGGAGUCUGGCAGUGGGGACUCUUCAAGCGAUGAAUCCAUGAGUGUUGCCAAGUCACUUUCAAGCAGUGAAGAUGAAGAUGAUAUUAGGAUGAAAAGGAAAGAGGAAGGUGAAGAAUCUGAAGAGGGUGAGGUGAGGGAAUUUGAUGGGGAUAAGAUUGAUUUCCUUAGUGAUGAGGAAACGGAAGGUCCAAAAGGACCCAUCAGGUCAAAGCAUGAGGUAGAGGAUCUUCCUCCAGUUCCUAUAGUUGAAGUGUCAAUCCAACCACAUCACCAGAUGUUGCCUGUGGGAAUUAUUUCAUCAAUAAUUAGCAAUAGAGUCAUUGUCGAGGGUUCUGUUGUGCACAACCCUCUUAAUGAGGGAUCUAUUCUCUGGGUCACAGAAACCCGGCUCCCGUUAGGCCUGGUUGAUGAAAUAUUUGGACCUGUCAAGAAUCCCUACUACGUAGUUAGGUACAAUACUGAAGAGGAUGUUCCUGCAGGAAUCAGAGUGGCCAUGGCUAUCUCUUUUGUGGGGGAAUUCGCCAGUCAUAUCCUCAAUGACAAGGACCUCUACAAAAAAGGUUAUGAUGCCUCUGGUGAUAAUGAUGAGGAAGUUGAUAAUGAGGUUGAGUUCUCCGAUGAUGAAAAAGAGCAGGAGUACAAGAAAUCCCAGCGGGAAGGAAAGAGAGUGAUCAACCAUUCUAAAGGUCUGAAGCAAGAAGCUAGGUUCGAAAGGAAGAGGAAUGCCUUCGUGAGGCCCAGGACUCAACAUAAGGACAUACAAAAACAAACAACUUAUGCACCACUAUCAAAGGAUCAACCACAUCCUACAGGUCCGGCACCACCGCCGCCUGCACCAUUAUGCCCUCGAGCAUGGACGCCGGUUGCUACAAAUGCAGAUUCGAUACCACCCUCCGCAAUGCCACAAUUUCCACAGGCUAUACAAGCAAACAAUUUUCUCGCUAAUCCAUCUCAGCAGUUAUUAAGUCAGCAUCAAGAUCCUCAAUGGCUGCCUGGAUUUUCACCUCAGCUACAGAAUACAGGAUUUCAAGGAGAUCUUUCAAUCCAGUUGCAGAAUCAAAAUGUUAUUUUCAAUAAUCUUGUCAACAUGAUGACCUUUCAACAGCUGGUUCAGCAAUUCGUUCCUCAUCAAGGAAGCAACUUGCAAUGGGCUGGUGCUGCUGCACCAUCCCUACAGCCUCUGGGGCAGAAUAAUUUUGCACCAUUACCAUUUAGUAAUGGAUAUAUCAAUGGGCCAGGGGUUCCCGGCCUGGGUAAUGAGCAAAUCCAGAGUCAAGCUCCUUUGCCUUUUGCUCCAUCCAUGCAGUUUAAUUCUGCGAGUCCCCCUUCUCUGCAAUUUAAUGGAGGAAACUCUUGGUCUCGUGGCAGAAGGCCUUAUCAGAGAGGCCGCGGCCGUGUUUUCGACCGAGGCGGUCGGCAGCCUAACAGAUAGAAUGACAUCUCUGGUAUGGCUUUUUGUAUUCAUCUUUUGAACAAAUUAUUAUGUGCGGCAUCCAGAUUCGUCCGGAGGCGAAUCCGGACGCGCCAUGUUACCCCGACUCCGGUGCAUCCGGGUGACAUGGUGUGUCCGGAUUCGCCUCCGGACGAUCCGGACUGCGCAUAUAAUAAUUUGCCCAUAGUUUGAAAAUUCAACCUCCUUAGAGUUUCCUGUUUCUAUCUAUUAAUGUAUCCCUUCCCGUUAUUUAGUAGUGGUGGUAACUAUGUUUUGUAGUCGCAUUAGAGGCUUAAUGCCGAUUUCUUCUUUUUUUGCUAACAAAAUUGAGCUUGAGUCACUGUUGUGUAUUAUUUUUAUUGAAAUUUCUUUGCAAAGCCUACUUUCCUGUCA